CUCCUCCUCCUUCCUCUUCUCCAAGUCAAUUCUGGUCUCCAUUCCCGCCGGAGGAAGGAAGACGUCGAAAAAAACAGAGUAUAUGGCGCAAAACUUAAUGGAACACUGCAACCAAUACGACGACUUCUUGUCGCGGCCAUGCACGCUGGUGAACGGCCCGAUCAUCGUCGGGGCGGGGCCGUCCGGGCUGGCCGUGGCCGCAGGCCUGUGCCAGCGAGGGGUGCCGUUCGUCAUCCUCGAGCGUGCCGACUGCAUUUCCUCCCUCUGGCAGCGCCGCACCUACGACCGCCUCAAGCUCCACCUUCCCAAGCAGUUCUGCCAGCUCCCCGACCUCCCCUUCCCUGAUUGCUACCCGGAGUACCCUUCCAAGGACCAAUUCGUCGAGUACUUGGAGUCCUACGCUGCCCGCUUCGCCAUCAGCCCCCGCUUCGACCACUCCGUGCGCUCCGCCAAGUACGACGACGCCGCCGGACUGUGGCGGGUCACCGCCGUCGUUGCGGGCUCUGAGGUGGUGGAGUAUAUUGGGCGGUGGCUGGUGGUGGCUACCGGCGAGAACGCGGAGAAGGUGGUGCCCGAGCUGGAGGGGCUACUCGAUGAGUUCGGCCGCGACGUGACUCAUGUCUGCGACUACAAGUCCGGCGAGCGCUACCGGGGUAAGCGCGUGAUCGUCGUCGGCUGCGGAAACUCCGGCAUGGAGAUCUCCCUCGACCUCUGCGACCAUAAUGCCUCGCCAUCCAUGGUAGUGCGCGACUCGGUUCAUGUGCUGCCGCGGGAAGUGAUGGGGAAAUCGACGUUCGAGCUCGCCGUUCUGCUGCUGAAGUGGCUGCCGCUGCGGGUGGCGGAUAAGGUUCUGCUGGUGCUGGCACGGGCGGUGCUGGGAAACGUCGCCAAAUUCGGCUUGAAGCGGCCUUCCGCCGGUCCGCUCGAGCUCAAGAACACGCACGGGAGGACGCCGGUGCUGGACACCGGCGCACUGGCCAAAAUAAAGUCCGGCGAGAUCAAGGUAGUUCCGGGAAUCAAGAGAUUCUCUCCGGGGAAAGCGGAGCUCGUGAACGGCCAAAUCCUCGACGCCGAUGCCGUGAUCUUGGCCACGGGAUACCGCAGCAACGUUCCACAAUGGCUUCAGGGCUGUGAUUUCUUCAGCAAGGACGGGAUGCCGACGAGUGCUUUCCCCAACGGAUGGAAGGGUACUCGUGGGGUGUACGCAGUUGGGUUCACAAGGAGAGGGCUCUCCGGCGUUGCUUCAGACGCAGUGAGGAUCGCCGACGACAUUGGCAUGGCAUGGCAAGAAGAGACAAAGCUGGGAAAGAGGAGAUCAUGCUUCUCCCCGUUCUGAAGUCAUCAGAUAUGGCAUAUAUGCAUCUUCCAUACUACAGGGAGUAGGUGUACCGUGUGCUUGUACAGACACAAGGACCAAGUUUUGAUGCAUAAAUACAACACCUUUGUGUCGUCUAUUCAAAGAGAAAUUACUGUCGUUGAAAUCCUGGGCACCGAGCUUAAAAGAUGG